AACGCGGACAUGGCGUCUGGUGCUCUGUGCUGAUUUGUUCUUGGCCUGCAGUGCUUUUACGAUUUCGCUUCCGUCGGGGAUGUGCUAAGCUUGCUGGAUUGGACUCAGGGAGAACUUGGAUUGGCCAGAGCUAAUGGUUUGAUACUUUUCCUGCUUUAGAUUUUUCUUUUCUUUACCCGAUUAUUUAUUUGAGUCAAGAGACUGGCUGAGGCAGGAGGCGGGGAGUCUAGGCCCAGUGGUGUUCGAAUGCAACAGUUGAAGGGAGUGAGGGAAAGAAAGGGCGAUCGAUGGUUUAAUUGGUGAAGCAAAGGUGUGAGCUGCUUCUCGUCUGGUAUCUUAUAGUGAUGGUGUUGAUAAAUGAGGAGAGCUAGGUGUAGAGUGCGUGGUUGCGAAGCUGAACGAAGUAUUGAUGAGUUCUUUCUCGUGGAGACCUACAAGAUGGAAGGUGGGGAAUGCUGUGGGAUUGUAGGGGCGCGUAAGGUCACUACCGUUGUUGAGCCCAAGAUGCAUCUUCUGCCGUGAUCAGAGAAUUUGCCGUUGCGAAAUCAGGAAAGUUUUUGUAACGAUUAUUGUUAAGUUGGAGGAGGAACUGAUUUUCAGGGGUAGGAUAACAGGUAUUCGGCUUACACUGCUGGUGAGGCCUUUGUGGAUUAUCAGCAGCGUCCAUCGAAAAAGAUGGAGGGCUCAAGAAGAGGCACGAUUGAUUAACAGGAAGUAGUGAAGCGCUUUAAUGUAUUGAUAGCACAAUGCUCUCUGCAAAUUGGGACGCUAACACUUAGCGCUUGAAACAGAUCUGCAAACUUUGAGCUGUGAUUGAUUGCUCCUCUCGAAGUAUCUUUUUGAAGGAUGGGAUGUGUCGCUUCCAAGGAUGGAGUGGAGUCGAACUGCGAGUCUCGUCUUGUAAAGACAGGCAGAAGAUUGUUCAUGCCAUUACAAACACAUGGCAACAGCGACACUGGCUACCAUAUGGUGGCUCUAACUUCCAGCACUUAUGGAAUUUUGAAGGUAGACGGCACCAAGAAUGAUGGCAAUGAUAAGAACUUUGUAAACAAACCUGAUUCUCCUCAUAACGCUUACUAUGAGAAGUUGAAAAACCUCGAUGUCCAUGAGGAUAUGGUUGCGAAGACAUGGUCAGAGUUUAGUCGUAAUCUUCCCAAAAUUCCGCCCCCAACAAAAUCAGAUAUUUCUAAGCAGAUGGGUAAUACUCGGGGAACGGAUACUUCACGACUGACAGGAAGUACUAGUUUUCGGCGAGUUUCGGAAGGUAAGCGUCGACUACAUUCGCAGGCUUCGAGAAAUGAUCACGAGACUAUUAACAUGUGGGAGUUGAUGGAUGAUCUGGCCGAAGAUGGAACUGCGAAACCAAAAGAGAAACUAAUGAAGAGGACGAGCAGUUUUCCUGUGGUGAAGCCCUUUGAGAGAUCCGUUAGCUUUAUCACUAUUCACACGCUGAGUGAACUGGACUCUGACGACCCAACCAAAGCCAUUUCACUUGGUUUGAAUGGUAAUGUUGUGAGUGGCUUCAACUCAGUCGAUGGUAGUGGUACGGAGAACGUUAAGCCGGUCAGGACAGCACUUAUGCCUGCGAGCUCGCCAGUAGUGCCCGAGCGGGAUGAUGUUGUAACGAAGCUGAUGCCAUCGUCAAUAGCUCCCCUGCGCAAAGCUACCACUAUAAUCAAUAACUCCUUACGUUCUCGCCAACCAAUGACGUUGAAACUGGACGAGAAUGUCUCAGUCCAAGAAACAAGCAGAGUUAUAACUACAGGCCUUCCUCAGCCUCUUUCACCAACUAUGAGGAAUGUUGCAGUUAAAGGAACCACUGCCUCUCAUGUUGUUGUACAUCCUCGACAACCUGACGUUGCUCCGAUUAUGCUGGUAUCGGAAGAGCAUGUUUCUGCGCAAGCGCAAAACAUGCCAUCACAACUGCACCCAUCGAAAUCUCCGAUCUUAAAGCCUGGUAAAACUUCUACGUCACUGAACACAAAACUAGGGGUUGAAGUUGAAAGUGCUAUCCAUAAAGAGCAGUGUAGUGUGAGCUCAAGGCUAGUGCAGCCGAAAGCAACGACAUCAUCAGAUCCUGACGUGGAAAGCAACUGUGCUUCAGGUUCUGUUACAGCUUCCUUGGGCCAUGAGGGUGCUGUUGUCCGUCCAGGGCAAUUUGAGCUUUGCGGGACAUCGAAUGAGCCCACUCGGGAAGUGCCACGAUUUGCCUCUUCAAUACACGUGCUUUCUCUUGCAGCCUCGUCUGAACUUCAAAAUCGGAAGAACUCUAUAAGCCAGGUUUUGGGUGACGGGGCCCGUCGGAGCAGAGACGGUGAGGUUUCUCCGGAAAACAAAAGUUUUGGAGCAGGAGCCACAGGAUCGUCGACUGGAGCUGGUAAAAGCCCGACAGGCGCCACGGAACGAGGUGUGACCACAAAUUCUGGAAGUUCACUCAUUGUGGAUGGUAUCGAAGACUCGGAGAUGGACUCCGAUUUACUAGCUUCUUUUGAAGAAGCCCUGGAGAUGUUCUCCACAGAAAAAUGGUACAAGGUGGAGGAUAGUAAAAGUGAAGCUGAUUUCGCUUCUGACGUUUCCGAGAAUAAUGGGCAUUCACCGAUGUCACUUGUUAAACUGGGAGAUGGAUUGUUUGUUGACAAAAUUCGACAUGGAAAUGUAGAUAAAGGAGUAGCAGUGAAGCCUGAUCCCUGGGCACAGUAUGCGCGAAAGUGUCCCCCAGCUGGAAAAGACCGAAUUGUGCUCUACACAACUACCUUGCGUGGGAUUCGCAAAACAUUCGAAGAUUGUAACAAUGCAAGAUUCAUCUUGGAGAGCUUUAACGUUGAGAUUGAUGAGCGGGAUGUGUCCAUUCAUGCAGAGUUUCGGCAGGAAUUGAAGAAACUUGCUGGAAAGUUGGUAUCAGUUCCUCAGACUUUCAUUAAGGGCCGUUAUAUUGGAGGUGUAGAUACCCUCAUUCGAUUGCAUGAGGAUGGCACCCUUGCCAGUUUUGUGGAUGGUAUGCCAUCUCAAAAGUCCCGCGAAGAAUGUGACGGAUGUGGGGGGAUCCGCUUUGUUCCCUGCUCAAAUUGCAGUGGCAGUACCAAGGUGGUAAAUGAGGCAAAUGAGGUGGUGCGGUGCAGUGAAUGUAAUGAAAAUGGAUUAAUUCGGUGUCCAAUAUGCAAUUAGAAGAUUGCUGAAUUGUUGCCAUUAGACUGUACAGUAAAAUCAUCAAUACCUUUGUGUAUUUUUGUGUGGCCGAGGCAUUUAGUUCUUUAGGCAGGAAACAUGUUUGAAGUUUAAGCAUGCUAGAAAUCGGUCUUGAACAGACUACAGGCUUAACUCCUUCAACGUUAGUGUAGAUGAUAGUGAAAAUCAGUUUGUGGAGGUCGUUGCCAAGUAUAACAAGAAGUAUGGUUUUCUAGAUAGCUCACUUGAACUUAAACGUUCUGGAAGGCGAGCUUUAUUCAAAUCAGACGAGUAUUCGAAUCAA